GCUUUUCAUGGCCCAAUACAAUUUACAUCCCCGCUAACCAAACCCCAUCCUCAGCCACGCGGCGCCCAUCCGUAGCCCCCUCUAUGGAACGGCCCAACCCAGCUCUUCUGCAUGCCUCCUCCUCCUACGCCUCGGUCUAUUUAUAGGCCGCAGCAGCAGCAGCAGCAGCAGCAGAGUUAACUCUCCUCUCCUCUGCUCUCCUCUCCUCUCCUUGGUUAUUAAAGCGAUCGAAAGGUAAAGAAGAGGCAUUGAUCUUGGAUCUGGGAUCUGGGAUCUUGGAUCUUCGAUGGUGGUGUUCUGCUUCUUGGUGGACCAGCGGCGGAUGGUGAGGAGCAGCAAGCCGGCGGCGGGGAUAUGCUCGCGGUGCGGGGGCUGCGCCAGCGUCGCCGACAUGGAGACGGCCACGCGCUUCUGCUACGUCCCCCUCUACCGCAAGACCUGGCGCGCCAUCAUCUGCACCUUCUGCGGCGCCCUCCUCAAGUCCUACCGAUAAUUAACUAACUAAGUAACAUCAUCUGUAUAUAUAUCACGCACAUUUCCGAUCCUUUCUCUCUCUCUCUCUCUCUCUCUCUCUCUAUCUCUCUCUCUCUAUAUAUAUAUGCAUGUCCUAAGUAACAGCACAUGUUGGAAAUUAAUCAAUGAUAAUUAAUCAGCCGAGCGGGACGAAGAAUAUUAAAGAGAUAUAGGGAGAGAGAGAGAGAGCUAGAGCUGUAAAUAAAGUGCCAAUAAAUUUAUGAGGCUUGAGAACGUAUAUAUGUUUACUUAAUUUGUACUUGGAUAUAUUUUUGUUUCAGUUUAUUGUUCUGAGAUAUAUGGAUGUAAAUUGAUUUGCAUUUUACCUUCUUAAGUCGGCAUGCAGUCCAAUAGAUGGAUAGAUAACUUCUCUUGAUUAAUUAGAAAUUUCUACACUCUAAUAUUUGCUCCCUCUCUUAAUUUCUUGCUUUCUCGAUCACAUGUAAUGCUGGGUAUAUAUAUACACACACACACCAGUGAUAUAUGUUUGUACAAAGACAUGUUUCCUCAUCUAUAUAUAUAUUUUCUUUAUGUUU